AUGAUCACGUUUUCCAAGCCUGCGACCACGCAAAAGAUCAUCAUGUAUGAUGGACAACCUUUCCCAGGAACCGAUCAAAAGAUUAUCUAUUGCAUUUAUCUUUUGCUAAAACCGCGUAGGAUUUUGGUGGAAACAAUCAUGAAGGAUUUGACAGCCGCGGAGGAGAUCGAGACCGACACCGACAAGGUGGUCGCGUUGGAGGAAGAGCUAACCUCGAAAUUCGCC